GCAAACAAGACUUUCUUCUGCUCAUUUGGAGCUGAGUCACUGAGCUUUUUCAAUGGAAACUCAAAUGGCUCUUUCCCAUUUGUCAAUCAAGCAUGGAGAUUCCAUCAAAGUGAAGGGGAAAAUUGAACCAGACGCAAAGAGUUUUGCCCUCAACUUGGGCCGGGAUGGUUCGGAUCUGAUCCUUCACUUCAACGCUCGCUUUGAAAGUCAUGGAGAUGUCAGGACCAUUGUGUGUAACUCCAAGAUGAAAAGAGAAUGGGGUUUGGAGGUGCGAGAGUCCAUCUUCCCCUUUGAACAGGGAGAACAGACCAAGCUUUGUGUCCACUUUAAUGCUGAGGAGGUGACAGUAAAGAUCGAUGAAGGCCAUGAAAUCAAGUUCCCCAAUCGACUGGGGCUGGAAACGGCAGAAUACUUUGCAGUGGAGGGAGACAUCAGUGUCAGAUCUGUCAAGUUCGAUUGAAUUGUAUUUGCACCCUUUUGGGAAUAUCAGUUUCUGGCUGGAAAAACUGCAAAUAAAUGCAAACAUGGUACCA